AUGGAGGGUGAUAUGAUCGGUGCAUUCCAGGCGGAGUAUAAGGAGGCGAUGCUCAACGAGGAGGCGGAGCCAAGACGGCCGCGACGCCGCCGAGAGUUCAUCAGGCGUGAUCGACUGGGUGCCCACGAUCGGCUCUUCGAGGACUACUUCGCCGACGACUGCAAUUAUCCUCCGAGCUUCUUUCGGCGAAGGUAUCGGAUGAGGCGAUCCCUUUUUCUGCGCAUUGUGGAUAGAUUGGGUGAAUACUCUCCGUAUUUCACCCAAAGAGUUGAUGCUCUCAACCGUGCUAGUUUUUCUCCCCUACAAAAGUGUACUGCGGCUUUGCAUUUGUUAGCUUAUGGAGCCGCUGCAGAUACGAUAGAUGAGUGGCUUAAGUUAGCUAGACAAACUUCAUCAGAUUGUCUAGAUAGAUUCUAUGAAGGCAUCAUUGACUGUUACGGGGAACAGUUUUUCCGUCGACCAAAUGUCGAGGAUAUUCAGCGUCUGUUAGCGAAAGGCGAGGAGCGUGGCUUUCCGGGCAUGUUAGGGCGCAUCGAUUGCAUGCAUUGGCAGUGGAGGAACUGCCCAGUGGCGCAUGCCGGUCAAUUCAAAAGGGGAGACAUCAAACACCCUACCAUAAUCUUAGAAGCCGUUGCGUCGUAUGAUCGUUGGAUCUGGCAUGCCUUUUUUGGAGUGGCCGGGACCAACAACGACAUCAAUGUACUCAACCAGUCGUCGUUGUUCACUGAUGUGCUUAGGGGAGAAGCACCCAUAGUGAACUUCACGGUGAAUGGACACGAGUACAACUAUGGUUACUACCUUGCCGACGGCAUCUACCCCUCCUGGCCGGUGUUCAUGAAAGGUGUUACUCUUCCACAAAGUGAAAAGCAUCGACUGUUCAUUGCUGCUCAAUCAGCUUGGCGCAAAGAUGUCGAGUGUGCCUUUGGAGUGCUGAAGGCUACAUUCUAG